CCCUCCCUCCCUCUAAUGCCGCUUCCCUCCCGUGCCUCCCUCGUCGCCUGCGACCUCCCUCCAGCGCCGACCUCCAGCAAGUAUAGCGCCAUCUCCAGCGUCGACCUCCAGCGCCGCCUCCGCACAAAAGCACUAGCCUCUCGACAUCCAGCGCCGCCUCCCUCUAGCGCUGCCUCCAUCCAGCAUCGCCGACCUCCAGCGCUGCCUCCCUUCAGCAUCGGGGACCUCCAGCAACCUCCCGUCCUCCGCCUCCAGCGGCCUCCCGUUCUAGAUGUUGAAUACUUUGGCACAAGUGGUUGGAUGGCCACCGAUCCGAAGUUAUAGAAAGAACACAAUGGUCGCAAACCCGACCAAGAAAAAGGAGGAUGAUGAAGUGAAACAAGGGGUGGAAUGCCUCUAUGUCAAGGUCAGCAUGGAUGGAGCUCCAUAUCUCAGAAAAGUUGACCUCAAAAUGUAUUCCAACUACAAGGAACUCUCACUGGCUCUUGAGAAGAUGUUUACUUGCUUUACUAUUGGUA